CAAGGUUGGUAAAUUGCUUUUUUGUCGUAAUUUUAUGUAAAAUAGCAGUCGCUAAUACAUAGCAUAUGUGGCAAAUGUUGUUCGUAGGUCUGUUUUUUUUAAACGGUGUCGAAGAUUCUUGUUACUAUAUCGUCCUCCGAGGUGCUGUGCAUUAUGAAUCUGAUUGCUGCUAAAUAAACAGAUGGGAGUACACUGUUAAUCAAGUAAAAUGUCAGCAAUAUAUGUCUUUUUAACCCUUAAGCAGGAACUGCAGUCUCAAAAAGGAGCAACCAAAGUUCAUUGUCAUCUCAUACUGUUGUGUAAGAGCCAAAAUGCCAGUGGAAUUCAAUGGAUGGGAGGCAUACUGCGAUAAGUCAAAGCACCUUAAACCAGGUCAAGAACCCAAAAAGAGCCACGGCUACACUAUGUACCAUGGGACACUCAAAACCAAUGCCCCAGCUAUUAUAUCAUCAGGGUUUCGGCCCUCUUCUGGGGGAACAUUGGGUCCUGGAGUCUACUGUAGUAGGGACAUUAACAAAGCAAUGGGUUAUCCAGCAUGUGCUCCCAAUGACAGAGUUGUGUUAAAGCUACGAGUAAGAGUGGGUAAAGUGAAGAGGAUUGACGCGCAAAGCCUGAACCUGAUGACCUCAUGGCAUCAGAAUGGAUAUGAUACGGCCUGGUUACCCGCAUCUGUUUUUGGACUUGAAGAGGACUGUGUUUUUGACCCAAAGAGACUCACUGUGAUUGGGAUAGCCCAUUGCACAGACUCCAGUGCGAAGAGUUCUCUGGAGAGUCUCAUAAAGCAGAAAAGCCAACCGCAGGAUCCAAAGGGGGAAGAUCUGAAGUUGUGUAAAGGCUGUGGAAUGCAAACACAGGAUAAACACACAAUGGAGAAAUGUUGGUCCUGUAAAGCAUCCAUAUGCCCCUUCAUGAAGAAUCAUGUUUGUCGAAGGAAAGGGAAGUAACCAUUCCUGAAUACUCCAAUUUAGUUAAAUGAUACACUUUCUUUAAAUAUAAUCUGUGGAGUGAUAUUUAGCUUUGUUAAAGGCACUUAAUAAAUAAAACCUUUUUAUUACUAUAUUUGAGGUAAUUUUUAAAAAAAAAAAAUUACUGCAGAACAGUAAGGUUUAAAUUACUGUUUUGAUAUAUUUUUUUAAAAUUAUUAUUAUUAAUUUGUUUGGGGUUUUUUAAUAGAUAUUGGAUGUUGAACCUAUUUAUUGAUAUUGGAUAUUGUAUAGUGAACCAAAAUUGUAAAUUUAGCAUUUAACAAAUUUAAUGAAAUUCUGCUAAUGAUUCAUAAUCACUAGCAGUUAAUUUGAUCAGAUUAAAACUGUUAGGUUCAGCUGAUUAUAACUCCUCAACAUUUGAAACAGAUUGUGCCAAACAUCAUUAUAAAAGUUUGAUUAUAAAAAGUUUAUUACUUGAAUGUAAUUUGUUUUGUAAUAUUUUGGUGUAAUCAAGUACUUAAUAAUACAUAACAAAAAAACAUACAUUCUAUUUAUUCAAAUAUAUUGUUUUUAUCUUCUGUUUUGCAGUUGCAAUUCUGCUCUAACUUUAACAAUUUUGAUUUACUGUUGAAAUCUUGAAUUGCAACAAUCGUGCAUGUGAAGUUUAGCAAAAUAUUUAAACAUGAAAAUGUAGCUUUUCUACUUUGCCUAAAAUUCUACAGAAUUCUUAAUUAAUUAGUAUAACAUUUUUCAGAAUUUAACAAUCUGGCACAUUGGCUCUUGCUGUAAGCCAAUACUAACAUGCUCAAGGCUUUCUGAGAGUCUGAAAAAAAUGAAAGUGUAGCGGUGUAGACAUAUUCACCACUGAAAAACCUGGGAGAGAAGCAAGCACAUCUGAACUGAAAUAAUACCAGUACAAAGUAAAGCAAACAAACAAACAAACAAACACAGAAAUAAAAUUGUUUUCAUGUUUUAAAGGAAGCAAUGAACUCUAUAAUAGACACCAAGUUGGGGUAAAAAAUUAAAUGGGACUUUGGUUUUAAUAAUAAUAAUUCCUCUUUUCAAAGAUUUUAAUUAUAGACUGAAUUUCAUAAUUUACCAAUUCUCUAUUCACUCAUUUAUGUGUCAUGAAUAAUUUUUAAUGUGUUUCCAAUGUAAACUAUUGUAUAAAACACCUGCACCUGCCCUGGCUGCACAGCAUCACUAUUUACAUGCGGUGUUAAAUGCGUAUCCUGGCAUAGACAUCAACAACAUUUUCGCUUCUAUAUACUUCCCUCCUACCUCUGUUGCAGAUGAAAAAUGUAAAGAACUUUUACAAAGGCAAAGUACAGAUCAAGUUAUUCGAGGUUAACAGGUUAAGAUGGGAUGGGAAAUGAUCAGAGCCUUUUUACCAUUUUACAUAUAGCCAACGGCUUGCAUUUCUUCUGGGAAUGAAAAAAUCAAAGCCCUCAGGAUUUCAGUUUUGGAAUGGAGGAAGAGAAGAGGAUCAGUGUGCAAUAUGUGUCAAUGUUAUCAUAUAUUGCCUAAAAAGCAAGUUUUAUAUUAUAUAUUUGUUAAUGGAAGAAAAUGUCUAACUUUUGCUUGCUGGCUGGAUAAAUAAGAUAUUCAAAGUUA